UGUGGUUUGUACUGUAUGGUUUCUGUUUCUCGGUUUCCCCAGGUUUAUGUGAGCAAAGAGGGCACAGUGGCAGAUUAUGGCCUAGUCGCAAAGGAUGAGAUUGAAGAGGGAGAGCUGCUGUUCUCUGUUCCAAGGUCAGCAGUGCUCAGCCAGCACACAACCACCAUCAGUGAUCUUUUGAAGAAGGAGGCAGCAGCAUUGGAGAGCCCCUCGGGCUGGGUCCCUCUUCUGCUUUCCAUGAUGUUUGAGAUCACAAGCAGUGAGUCCCGCUGGAAAUCCUACUUUUCCCUUUGGCCUGACUUCAGCAGUUUGCACCACCCGAUGUUCUGGUCCGAGGAGGAGAGGAACCGCCUGCUGCUGGGCACAGGGGUGGCACUAGCUGUUGAGAAAGAUCUGAUUAACAUCGAGGAGGAGUAUAACAGCGUUGUGCUACCUUUCAUCAAGUGUCACCCUAGCAUCUUCGACCCACAGAAACACACCCUGGAUCUUUACAAGAAACUGGUGGCGUUUAUUAUGGCCUACAGUUUCCAGGAGCCCUGUGAGGACGAAGACGAAGAGGAUGAUGAGAAGGCAUCAAAACCUCCUAUGAUGGUGCCAAUGGCAGACAUCUUAAAUCAUGUGGCCAAUCACAAUGCAUGCCUGGAAUUUGCACCAGAAUGCUUGAAAAUGCACUCCAUCAGGAAGAUCAGCAAAGGUGAAGAGAUAUUUAAUACGUAUGGACAGCUUGCUAACUCGCAGCUCCUGCACAUGUAUGGCUUUACAGAACCAUAUCCAAGUAACACACACGAAGCUAUGGACAUCCAAAUGCAGACUGUCUAUGAUGCUGCCUUGCAAGCUGUGCACACAGAAGAGGAGAGGAAGCUGCUGAGGGAGAAGUGGGAAUUUCUGACUGAGUUGGAAAUAGUUGGAGAAGAGAGGGACUUUGUGAUUGGCCAGUCAGGAGUCCUGACGGAGGAGGAACUUUACAGUACCCUGAAGGUACUGACCAUGUCACUGGAGGAAUUUGAAGAAUACAAGGCCAAUGAUGGCUGGGAGGAUGAUGAUGAGGAUGAGGAAGAGGAUCUUUCCAGCCUUGACAAUGCAGUCAUACCCAAACUGAAACCUGCUUGGAAGAAACUUCUGCACAGCACUGUGACAAUGAGACUAAAAUCAUACGGCUCAGGACUAAAAGAAGAGGAGGCUGCAUUGGCUAACGAGGAGACUUACCGUCAGCUCAGCAAACGAGAACGUGACUCACUGCAGGUCCGAUAUGCACAGAAGAUGAUUUUACAUCGACUGUUGGAAUUGACUGAAUAGCAUCAUCAGCAACUAAGGAAUAAAGUACUGUCUUUAUAUUAUU